GGCAGGGGGCGCCCGAGGAACAGGGCGGAGCCGCACCUGUGCUGCUGGCUGCUAGGGAUGGGGAGGGGACCGGCGCCCGAAGCAGCUGCGCGCCCCGCCCCGCGGGCUCCUCCCAGCCGCCGCGGCCCCUUAGCUGCUGCCCCGAUGCGCUGCUCCCGAAGCCAGGACCCAGUAGUCGCCAGAGCGGUUGGAGCACCCGGCCGGCUCCCGCCGCCGCUGCCCACACCCCUCGCGGACCCCAUUGGCCGCAUGGAGUCUCCGGAGGGCGCUGGUCGGGGAGAGAUUGUUAAAGAAGUCAAGGUGCCACAGGCUGCCCUGAAUGUCCCAACUCAUGAGACAGGGGACACUUGCCAUACACCUGUGACAGAGGAAGAGGGAGUUGGCAUCCCAAUACCAGCACCAGGGUUCCUGCAGGUCACGGAGAGGAGGCAGCCUCUGAGCAGUGUCUCCUCUCUGGAGGUCCACUUCGAUCUCCUGGACCUCACUGAGCUGACUGACAUGUCUGACCAGGAGCUGGCCGAGGUCUUUGCAGACUCUGACGACGAGAACCUUGCCACUGAAUCCCCAGCAGGUCUGCACCCACUCUCUCGAGCUGGCUGCCUACGCUCCCCCUCCUGGACAAAAGCAAGGGCAGAGCAGAACCGCGAGAAACAGCCCCCCAGUGACCCAGAACGGCAAGGCACAGUUGUGGACACAUUCCUCACUGUGGAGGGGCCCAAGGAAGAUUAGCCCAACUCCAUCUGUUCGAGAGUUGCUGAAGGGCUGGGCCAGACCCCUGUGAUGGUGAAUCAGGACAGUACUGUCACAAGAGAUGUACUCCGUCAACUCCAAGACUCCAGCCAUCACCUGACAACAGGUCAAAGUCUGGGUGCCAGGCACAGGCCUCUGGGCACCCCAGCACAAGCACAGCCCAGUGGCCUUAGGUCCAGCUGGUUCCUGGACCCUGAAUCAGGGAUGACACUGUAUGGAAUCUCUGCCUUGGGAUGAGAGGAGGGAUGGAGUGGAUAAUGGUGGCUUCGGUCUUCUAAAAACUCUCUAGGACAAGACUUCUUGUCUCUUGUGAGAUUCCAAAUAGGUUCAAUGUAUGGGGAUCCAAGCCCAUGAGAGUUGCCCAGGAACCUGUAGGGGUGUAUAUCCAACCUCAGUGAGCUCAUAAGCCCAAAGUAGAUUUGGUGGUCAGUCAUGCAUUGGCUCUGCUGUCCAGCCAAGUGGUGAGGACAGGUUUACUUCGCUAAAAUUUCCACCUUAAAAUUUGCACCCUUCCUCUGCCCUGGGCAGGUACCACUGUUUCUAGUCUCCUCUCCGGGCCUGCUUCUCUUGGUCUGUGUGACAGCUCAAAGGCUGAGAAAUUGUCCCAUGUCUUCCUUACUUCAGAACACCAAACCUCAGUGACAACUCCCACAUUGCUCGGAUGUACAGAGUACUGGCUCCCCAUUCCUGUGUCUCUCCUAAGGGCAUAUACUGUGCCUAUCCUCCACAUCCCAUUGCCUAGCUCAACCACCCACAUAGCCUGUCAAAUGCUCAGUUGGGAAGCUCUGACACUGUGGAUGUCUUGGGAGCAGCUCAGGGGAGGCAGGGCCAAUCUAGCCACCCACUCUCCUGUGAGAUGUUGGACACUCAGUUAGAUGUCUCAACACUGCUUUCAUGUGCUCAAAGACAAAACAGACUGCUGCUCUGACCAUGAAUCAAAGACUGGUUUUGAAAUAAAGGUUUACUUGCUUUCUGUCCCCA